AUGGUGGUGAAAAAUCACUUGAGGAGCCUGCGCAAGAGAUGUAGCCGGUGGCGGACAACCAUUUCGGCCAACCUCCAGAAGGGUCAGCUAUGGCAGCGCAUCUUGAAGAACACGGUAUGCACAGCCAUUAUGAUUUCGCUGGGCCUGGUCCCUGCCGUUAUCCAGGUCUAUGGUCGCUCUACCUAUCUUGGGCCUAUGGUCACAGUAUUCGGACAUCCAGGCCAACGUUUUGGUCAGAUGGCCGAGGCCCUCUUCUUGAUAUUCUUUGGGACGGCAUUCGGACUGGGCUGGUCGACCCUGGGCCUCCAUCUUUCCAGUCUCAUUUACGACACUAAUAUCAGCGCCGCUUAUGCCAUCCGUGCCAUAUUCUUUGCACUGGCUGUUAUACUUCAUGGCUUGCUGCGUUCCUCUACGCCCAGGCUGUUCUUAUUCGUCUUUUUCUAUCUUUUAAUCAGUCUGACGGUUCUGACCACCACGGCAACAGCCGUAUCCAGUGCACUCGUCUCACAGAUAUCAUAUCCAAUUUUAUCCGCUCUGGCCGCUGUCUUGGUCGUCAACUUGACCAUAUUCCCCGAAUCAUCGAGCGGCUUUCUGGGAAAUGCCGUCAUUGAAACGCUUCACGAUUCUGUCAAAUGCCUGGACGACGCUGUGGACUGGUUUGCAACGGCGAGGGCAGAGCAUCAGGCCGCCGCCAAACCUGAUGGCGAACAACCUGCAAAGGGAACUGGGCAGUCUCUACACAUGCAGCUCGUGUCACUCACCGACAGGAAACCAAAGUUGAGGACAAAGUUUGCUGGAUCCAAAAAGGCCCAGGCAGAAUGUAACUUUGAGGUAACUUAUGGAGUUUUGGACCCCGCCUCCCUGAAAUCCAUUAGUUUGACAUCCAUGUCACGGCUCGUUCAGAAUGCAAUCAGUAUCAUCAACGCGUGUGAGAGCAAGUAUGCCAUGCUUGGUGAAGAGGAAGACUCCCUUUCAUCGCAGGAAUCGGAUACGGACAGCGAUUCAGAGUCAGAUGCGUCCAGUGAUGCCUCGGAUUCCAACGACACAUCUUCAGAUGACGACGAUAGCUCUUCUUCUCGCAGCUCAUCAACUGGACGGCCCAAAAACGUUCGCAAAAAGUCCAAGCAUCUCAGAAAUCUGGAACUUGUAAAGCCUAUUCGGGAGAUAGAGUCGGCAGAUAUUGAGCUCUUUGACCACAUUUUGUCACAAGUUCGCGAGCCUGCCAAGGUCCUCCAGAAUCAGAUACACGAGGCAGUAGAGUUGAUUACCUGCUCCUUGGCUCACUGCUACGAUGUGGCAAAACUCCCCUCUGGAGCACCUGCACCACGUGGAAUUACUUUGGAAGAGAUUGAUCUUCGUACAAGUAUUUUCAGUGAAGCACUGGAAUUAUUCGACACAGACUCUGCCGAGGCGCUGGAGCACGCGGCCGCUAUAGCGUACAAUGGGGCAAAGGUCGACGUCAUGCCGCGCACAGAGACAUUCCUCAUCAGCUCGUUCUUGGUCACCUUGAGACAAGCAGCUUCUCAGGUAAAUCACAUGCUCAAACAAUCGAGGGAUCUCGUGGACAAGAGGCAGCGUCGGCGCAAUAGACGCCGACUUUACUUUCCUCGAAUAAGUUGGAGGCGUUGGCUCAAGACUGGUGGAGAAAAGGAUGCCAAUGCUGUCCCAGAGAGUGCUCGAAAGGAAGCACGAGCUGGCCAAGCAAGUCACAAAGAGCACGCACAUCUUGACGAAGAGGCACCGACGCCAUCGCCAUCAAACAGUCGACUGUGCCGGGACCUGGGCGAUGAGGAAGCAAACCGGGUAGAUGAAAAGCAGGAAAGGCCAGUCCCAAAAAAUGUGCCUCGUGCGAAACAGUCGAGCAAGUCUUGGACAAGCACUGGUCUCUGGCUCCGAGGUCUAUUGGCCGAUGCCAUUGAGUUUGUUGCAAGCUCAGAUGAUCUCGCUUUUGCUCUAAAGAUGAGUGUGGCUGGCUGGUUGGUGACGUGGCCGGGCUUUGUCCCAUCAACGCAUGCUUGGUACAGCUCAAUCAGAGCCUCAUGGGCAUCAUUGCAGCUGAUUCUCGUCUUUGAAGUCUCUGUCGGAACUUCUAUAAAUGGGUUUCUCCUCAGAGUCGUCGGUGUCAUAUAUGGAUGUGUGGCCGGCUUCUUGUCUUAUGAGAUUGGGCAGGGCAAUCGCAUCGUUACUGCGAUUGUGCUAGUCAUUGCUUCUAUACCAGCAUCUUACACGCAACUUGGAACACCCUAUGUCAAGACAGGCAUCAUUUCAAUCGUGAGUAUGUCCGUGGUUGGUCUUGCGACCAUUGUUACACCCGAUACAUAUCCUUGGGAGAUUUUUGUCAAACGAAUGACAUGUUUCCUGGUCGGGGGUACCACUGCCCUCAUUGUCGAAAUGGUCCUUUUCCCUGUGCGGGCGCGUGACCGACUUGUUGAAUCCCUUGCCUCGGCAAUCAAGCAGAUUUCCAACAUGGAAUCAUCUGUCGCAGUUGGUAUCGAGACCCCUUGCGCCGUCGAUCUCAGAUCAGAGGCUUUGAAAAACAGAUUUAAACGCUCAAAAGGCAAGGCAGAAUCUGCCCUUGCCGCGGCCCAGACUUUUCUUCCAUUUACCCUCACGGAGCCGCGUCUAAAGGGCAGUUUCCGAGGGCAGGCAAUGAUAUAUAACGAGAUCAUCUAUGUUCUUCACCAAAUUGUGGAUCGCAUGGACCACGUCUUACAUCUCAGGGAAGCAUAUGGCAGCGCGGUGCUUGAGGAGUUGAACGAAUUCGUCCUCCCUUAUCGUCGCAACAUGGCGGCAAGCAUUACCCUGACACUCUUUGCCGUGCACGAGGCAUUGACCACGAGGCUACCUCUGCCUCAAUUCCUGCCGUCCAGCCGCGUGGCGCAUCUUCGCUAUGUCACCAGAGUGCGCGAGCUCAUGUUGGAGCGCAACCGUUCGGCCCCUCCGAGUCGUCCUGCUAGUAUCCAUCCCGGAAGGCACUCGCGCCGAUCUUCCAUGGCGCCCGAGGCACAUGUCUUGAAGUCGGUCACGAAGCAAAAGUUCCUCUCGUGGAACGCCGGCUCAGCCGGACUCAUGGAAAUUAUUGAAUACCUGGAAGAGCUGGUUGACCUGGCCAAGCUGCUUGUCGGCGUCAACGCGUUUCGGACGGGUAUGCUCGAACGGCCCAAGUUCCACGAAUACAUUGCCAAGAUCAAGGCGCGAGAAUUCGCGUCUGCCACGGCCGCCGAGACGGAAUUGACGAUUGAAAAGAUCAAGAGUAACGCCGACGCCAGCAUUCGCAAUCGGCGACGAGGUCGUCCCUCGACGUCGGCGGGCCGCAGCGACUCGCAGGGCACGACGACGCUCAAGAAGCGCUUCUCCUUUGGCGGCCGCGUGGGCGCCGAGACGGCUGUGGAAUCUGACUCCGAGGACGAUAUUGUCGAAGAAUUGCCCAUGAGCUUGCAGCGCGUCCGUACUAGAAGGAUGGAAGAGCAAAAGGCCGAAAGGGGGAGACGAGCCAGUAUAGCUGAUCCCAAAGGUAAAGGACCUCAGAGAUCCAAGACGUGGGCUAUGUAG